UACAUGUUUCCGUAGUGUAGUGGUUAUCACGUUCGCCUAACACGCGAAAGGUCCCCGGUUCGAGACCGGGCGGAAACAUCUUUUAACCACAAAUCAAGGAAUUUUUUUUUUCAUUAUUCUAAUCCAGCUAAGAAAAUACAAAUGAUUUAAAAAGUAGCUCUGUGGCCCGAAAAAAAGGCGUUAAAAAGACUACUGCAACUGAUGGUCUGGCAUGAUUUAUAAUACCGGAAGUUCCGCUCCACGUGAGCCGACCUAUGCAGCAGUUGUGGGCUAAACCGUCUUUCCGCGUCCAUAAAAUGACUUCAGCGCCGUAUCCGGCAGGUGGGAAGUGUAGAAUGCAUUCCUUGAUUCCUGACGGGCCGCCAGAUUCGCUUCUCUUCCACACCGGGAUGUAAACAUGGACGGUGUGGACAACAACUACAUCUGGCAGCGGCGCGUGUUCCACGGCAUGCGCAACCAGAGGGGUGAAGUCCCCUUUCCGGAGUCGGCCAAAAUCGGCGUGGAGUUCAACGCCACCGUGGAAAGAUGGACAAAGUUGGACACCAGUCUGUUGACCCACGGCGUGCUAAUGGAGAUCUGCAAUUUUGCCCGGACCGUGGCGACGGCGGAGAAAUAUUUUCUAUUUGAGGUCAUGGCGUUCAACUUUGACCUGGGCUUGGACACCGCAGACCACAAGUUGUGUUACCAGUACGCGGCCCGCAUUCACGGCAAAAUCAAAAAUAAAAAGGUCAAACCUCAACAUCUCAAGGACAUCUUCCCGUUGCCGGACGUGUCCGUUUUAAAGGCGUACGUGGACAAGACGACAUCGCAGUCCCAGAUUCCUCUCAACAACUUUUUUUCCAUCCUCGCUCCUCCCCACUUGUCGGAAGAGCAGCCCGCGGAAGGCGCGGUUGUUCCCAAAAAGGGACAAGAAACGACAUUACACAAAGCGAACCCUUAUCCCAUCUGCCAAGAAUUGGGCGUGUCUUUGGCCGUUGACCCGUCCAAAUCGGGCCACCGGAAGUUCCAUUUGGAUCUGCUCACCAAUGGCCUGAUGCUGGAACUCCUGGACUUCUCUCGCGUCCUCUCCAGCACCGCCAAUCGCAUCGGCAACACCUUGCUGGAGCAGAACUUUGGCAUCCAGGUGAGCCAAAUCCCAAGGGUCAUGUUUCAGAAGCGCAAAGCUCUGGAUUACACGAGAGCGGACGCCAGGAUAAAGCGAUCGCUGCAGUGCACAAUCGGCGACGCCACGGAAGAAUUGCUGGCCGAUUCCUACAUGUGCCCACUUGACUCUGAGGCCGAAACGCAGUCCUCCGUGGCUGUGAACGAAGACGACGGACAGGUUCCGGUCACGGCAACUCGCACGGACACCCAAAGCAGCAUCGGCGAACGCUCUGAUGAAGGAGCUCUGGACGGUGACGCGAGGCGGAAGCUGUGGCUGCUGCGUGGCGUUUGCUCCACGCGAAUCCUGACAACCCAGAAAGCCAAGAGCCAGUUUGAGAGCUGCCGGGAGAUCGGUUUGGACUUUGACGUCGGCUCGGGCGCCAAGCAAGCCUUGCCUCUGCAUCUGCUCACCAACGGUGUCCUGAUGGAGGUUCAGCAGUUUGCCAUGGCCCUAAAUAAAGGCUCGGGGAGCUUCUUGUCGGACAUCCUGGAGCGCAACUUUCACGUGGUCCCGCAGGAGGAGCACAGCACGCAGACUCUGGUCGGGGAUUUAAUCACGAAAUGGAAGGCCCUCCUCGCACAUCCCGACAAAGCACAAUUUGAGUUCCUCAACGGCAGUUUACAUCUCCCGCACAUUUACGACGGCGGAAAGGAAGUCGAGUCAACAAAGUGCGCGUCGUCGUCCUCGGACAUGGACCCGUAUCCUUUCUGUAAGAGGAUCGGCCUGGACUUCUGGGCGACGGACGGCGUCAAGCUGCCGUUGUCCGCGCUGACCGUCGGCGCGCUGCUGGAAAUGUUCCAAUUUGUGGACAGUUUGCGCGGCACGACGACCGAGCUGGUCAAGGACAUCCUGGAGCACAAUUUCAAUUUGGACUUGCGGAGUGGCGAGAGCGAGGCCGCCGCGGCGUUCCAAAAAUGGUGCGCCGGGGUGGUCCAAAAAUGGCCCUCGGUGGGGAAGUGGUUUGUGAGGAGGCCGAACGCGCUCCCCAGGGACCUGUGGCUCAGCACGCCCGUCUUCACGCAGAUCGAGUCGGAGGACCGCGGCGCAGGAAUACCCUCGAAUCAAGAGACGAAUGUCACGGCGAUCCAAUUCAACGACUUCGGCGCCUGCAAACAAAUCGGACUGGAUCUUGACGUGGGCUCCAAAUGGGGAGCCAAGAGUAAGUUGAGCCUGCAACAGCUGACCAGGGGCGUCCUGCUCGAGGUGCACCGCUACGUGCGGCAGAACCGGCUCCGCUAUGUGCCUUCCCUUUUCCAAAUCCUGGAUUACAACUUUGAGCUGGGCUACCACAACUCGCACAAGGUGGAGUUCGCCUGGUCCGUCGCAUCUCAGGUGCUUGCCAUGGCGAGGAAAAGUAACAGGAACGACAAUUACCUGAAUACGGUCUUUGAGCUUCCCUUUCAGCUCCCGCCGUCGUCACCCUCGCGGUGCAAAGACGAACCGGAGGAGGAACUCCUCCACCAACAGGAUCCCGGCGACCAAGAUAUCGUGUUUGUCCAAAAACUGCAACCUGUUGACAUCGAGGUGGAGAUCGAGUAG